CUCUCUCUCUUGCCCCCAUUACAUUACAGACAUCCAUCCUCUCCUCUCCUCUCGUCUCAUCACCACGCUCCAACCUCUCCCUCCUCCGCCCCCCGUCUUUCUCCCCUGGUCUUUGGCAGAUUUUCCUCCACCCAUUCUCUCCCUCCCUCCUCCUCUCCACCCGCAUCGAUCUCUCCGAAUUCUGUCCCCCCACCUAGCUGCCAUCUCUCCCCCUCCACCGAUUGAUUGGUUCUUCCUCCGUUUCUUGGGCUGAUUCUCCCUCUCCAUCUGUGUCUUGGCUUGAGAGGAUCGGCAGGAGAAACAAGGUGGAUGCGAACAAGUGCUUGGAUUGUGGCUCCGGCGAGCUCUUGAAUAUCUCGGGACCGCUUCCUGCUACGAGUCUCACUUGAAUCGCUGGGAAAGAGGCGAGCAGCAUCUGACAUGCUAUUGCCGCAGAACAAUCUGUAGAAGGACACCCCUUUACCCUUUCGAUAAUGCAAGGGCAGAGGAAUUCCGUCGAACAGCUAUCCGACGUCUUCGGGUUUGACCAUGGGUCUGGUUCAGGCAACCCCGUCAUGGACCAGCAGGCGUACUGGAACAGCAUGCUUGGAGCGGCAGAGUCGCAGAACCUCCCAGGUUACGAGAUGAACCGCGGCGACGGCGCCAUUCCGUAUGGAAGCGAGGCGCAUCAGGAUGGCCAGUUCUUAGGAUUCUGGGGGUCCGGUGAAGCUAGCUCGAGUGGCAGUGCGCUGAACUAUGGGAGCUCCAACGCGAUCAAGGCUGAGCAUCUGAACAUUGGUGGUGGUUUGAGGAUCGGUGAGAGGCGUCUGGGUGCUGAGCACAACCUUUCUUUGGAUAAUGUGGACAUCAACCUUAACACCAGUGGCCAUGAUCUCUUCGGUCAGAGUUCCAAUGCGAACAACGCCUCUCAAGCCUCACAGCAACAUGCUGGGUGCUCCCGUACUGAUGCCACCGCCCAGGCCACUGAGCUAAGAUUGCAUCCUUACCGAACUUACGGUUUAGACGACGAGCAGCCAGAGCCGUUCCCUUCUUUGAAUGCUUUCGAACAUCCUUUGGGGAACUUUUCCCUGAUGCCAGAGGACAUUGAUCAAAGACCAGGCAGUAGUUCCCUGGACGGCCGGCGUUUAGCGUGCAAGAGGAAAAAUAUUGAAGGAGUGCACGGGCAAUUUUCAGGAGGUGCUAGCACAAGCUUUUCCCACAGAAAUGAUAAUGCCUUCCAUAGUGUUCCUUCUUCAAGUUUCAACCCAGCUCCUGGCCCAAAUGUGUCCUCCCAUAACUUCUUGUUAGCUCCAAGUUCCAUUGAGGAACAACUUCCGAACUAUGGAGCUACUACAAUAAUGUCAUCUGUUAGCUACAAUCAUCCUAGCGGAGGCAAUAACAGUUCAGGAAAUUCACAGAGAAGUUUUCGGGCAAGGACUACCACCGCUCAGCAGGUUAGCCCCUAUGGUGUAUGGCCCCCUUCAGGUUCUAUCAGGCAUCCCGCUUCAUAUUAUCACCAGCCGCCUGCCUUUCAGAGCGCAUUUGAUGAACUAGAGGCGGCUAUGCCUGUGGUCAGUGGAAUCAACUUGCAGUACCAGCAUCCUGGAAACGUAGUCCCUGGUAUUCCACAAACCGCACACCGUUUUGCUGGCCAUGGAGCUUCAUCGUCGAGAGCAGGCAGCUUGGACAACAUAAUUCUUGGUAGAGAGGAAGUUACUGGGAGGAAUCUUGUAGCUCCCGGCUUCCCUAGUGCAGCCCCUCAUGCUGCACUAGACAUGAGACAUUUGGUGCCAGAAUUGUCUAAUUGGAAUUCUGACAAUCCUGGUGCUACCAUCCCUGGAAAUGUGUCUUCUGUAUCAAGAGCUAAUGCCAGUUCAACGAUUAGUCGACCAGCAGGCUCAACAUCUCUCACUCAUCAGAACCUACAUCGACGGCAUCCUAGAAAUUUAUCAGAGGAAAUAGGUCGUCUAUCUGGAGCACUUUGUGGUCCGCAGCACCCGCGCUUAAGGUCAGGGUUUCUAUUGGAACGUCAGGGUGAUGGUGUUUGGGGUGUUCCAUUACCAAUGAGGAAUACUAGGGAGGGAAGAAGAUUAAUGGAGAUACGGAAUGCACUAGAAAUGAUUCAGAGAGGGGAGAAUGUCAGAUUUGAGCAGUCUAUUUUCUAUGGUGGCGUCGAGAUUCAUGAUAGACACAGGGAUAUGCGUCUUGACAUAGACAAUAUGUCUUAUGAGGAACUAUUAGCACUGGAGGAAAGAAUAGGAAAUGUUAACACUGGGCUCACCGAGAAUGAUGUGAUGAAGCUCCUGAAGCAAAGGAAAUUCUCGUCAUGGAGAUUAUCAUCUGUGGAAUAUGAGCCAUGUUGUAUUUGUCAGGAAGAGUAUGUGGACGGUGACGAUCUCGGGACGCUUCACUGCGGGCAUGACUUCCAUGCCAGCUGCAUCAGGCAAUGGCUAGUGGUGAAGAACCUGUGUCCGAUCUGCAAAAGCACCGCCCUGAAGACCUAAGACAGCAGCAAGCCUCGUCGGAUGUCCGUUCAAUCGACCGCAAGAUCAUUUUAUUGAUUCAUAAUACCGCAACUUUUUGGCCAAAGGGUUUUGCAUUCACCUAAAGCUUGAUAAAAAAAUUCCAAAAUUCCUUGAAAAAAAGUUCCAGAAAACUGGUCAUGGUUUGAAAACAAAAGAAUGGUUCGAAACUGGUAUUACCUGUAAGCCGCUGUCGUGUCGCGGCAAAUAAUCCUGGGAUCUGUGUCUAGUACUCAUUUGACUAAAUAUUCAUCAUGGAUGCAUGGCAUAAUGGAUGCUAGUUUAAAGAUGA